AUUGGGUUCAAGAUAAAAAACAAAAUUGGGUUUUAGCCACAGUAUCACCUGCAUUUACUAAAAUAGCACAUAAUAUUUGGAUUAAUUUACCAUUUACAACUAAUACUAGUGAAUCAGCACAUGCAACAAUUAAUACUACUGGUUAUAAUCUUUUAUUAAGUACAGCAAUAACUUAUGAAAAAACUAAUGUGCAAGAUUCAUAUCAUAAUAAAUCUUCAUUACAACGUACAAUAAAUUCAGCUAAAAGAAAGCAAAAACAAAGUACAAAACAAUCAAUUGAACUAAAACCUAAAAAAAAAGCUCGCUAUAACAAAAAAUCUAGUUCCAAUGAAUCUUCUAUAACAUAUGAACAAGAACAACUGUUAAAUAUUGAUUAUAAAAAAUUAACAGUUCAGAAGAAUUUAAACGAUGAACUUGAAAAAGAGAUUAGGCUUC